AUGAAGAGACCACCUGAGAGGCGCCCGGUCCGGCUGACUGACGGCGGAAUAUACUCGUCCUCGUCGCCGAGUAAGGGCUGGCCGCGGCGGUCGCAAGAGGAGGAGGAGGAGGUACAGGAGGAUGAGGUAGAGGAGGAGGUAGAGGAGGAGGUACAGGAGGAAUUGCAGGAGGAGGUACAGGAGGACGUACAGGGGGAGGAGUUACAGGAGGGGGAGGUGCAGGAGGAAGUACAGGAGGAGGUAGAGGAGGAGGUAGAGGAGGAAGUGCAGGAGGAGGUACAGGAGGAGGUACAGGAAGAGGUACAGAAGGAGGAUGUACAGGAGGAGGUACAGGAGGAGGUAGUGAAGGAAGAGGUACAGAAGGAGGAAGUGCAGGAGGAGGUACAGGAGGAGGUACAGGAAGAGGUACAGAAGGAGGAUGUACAGGAGGAGGUACAGGAGGAGGUACUGAAGGAAGAGGUACAGAAGGAGGAAGUGCAGGAGGAGGUACAGGAGGAGGUACAGGAAGAGGUACAGAAGGAGGAUGUACAGGAGGAGGUACAGGAGGAGGUACUGAAGGAAGAGGUACAGAAGGAGGAUGUACAGGAGGAGGUACAGGAGGAGGUACUGAAGGAGGAUGUACAGGAGGAGGUACAGGAGGAGCAGAUACAGGAAGAGGUACAGGAGGAGGAACAGGAGGAGAUACGCGAGGAGGAGGUAAUUAACAGAACCGCCGCUAAUUACCGCGGGCAUGUAUGGGCAGCGGGCGUGACGCCGGCGGGGGAGACUCGCCGACCCGCUUGUGCGCUCGCCUCGCCCCGGAGUCGUCGGCGCCGCUCGCCGUGA